UUUCUCUUUUUUUUUUUUUCCACCAAGCUGCCACACCAUUCGAAUACAACUGUAAUUUAUUUAAGAGUCUUUUAGCGACAAUUUACUGAUAUCGGAAUAAGUAAAAUGAAGAAACCAUGGAUGGAUUUCAGACACAACUCUAGCCGAUUGAGCUUGCACUCUGACUACAUAGCAGGAUCCCUUUUAGAAACGCAAAGAGACUUUUCCAUUAAACCUAAACUGUCUCUUCAGUCCAUGAAAAGUAUCUUUCAACUUCCCCGUAAACUAUCGGUGCGUUCACUGCGUUCAGAAUCAUCAAAAGAUGUCAUCGUCUCCAACUCACCGGUCAAUGCAACGUCGCUUCGUCGCCACGCCUCAUUGUCGGAUACCGCCACGUUCGACAGCGGCUACUUCGAAAGCAGUAUGGCACGAACAACAUCCAUUUACGACAGUGAGAAGACGGUGGUCUAUCGGAAUACAAUGUCAGCUGGUGUAGAUGCAUCGCUUAUGACUUCGUUGAAUAGGAUCGAGAAUGACAUGGCCACGGUGCCGCUAUCGACCACCAUUGAUCUCAGUCCCUACAGAAUAACGCCAAGGACAUCACGAGUCCGAAAUAACUUAUCGACGGUGGAAUGGGGGCUAGACCCACUACCAAGUGUAGACAAUAUCUUGCAAACCAUGCCUUACGUCCAACGAUACAAACAAAAAUGGCCACGCCCAUCACCUGCAAAUCAUGAGCCACUUUCAGCGCCUCUGAUCCAUAAGCCUAUAGAUUUAGCCGCUCAAGUACGUGCAGCCCUUGGGUCGGCUGUCAGUGAAGCUGACAUAGAGUGGGAAGAAGCCCAGGAAAAGAAUUACAAUAGCAUGUCAGCGUCUUCAUCGUAUGCCGCUACAAUAAUUGCAGUGUCAUGAUGGUGUGUAGCAAGUAAUAAAUGACAUAUUUUAGUAGAUUAAGAGGGUUGUGAUAUUUAUAGGAUGCAGCAUUG